AUGCCGCAGAGCAAGGAUGACAAAAAAGCCUUGCUAAACUAUGUUCACCAUUUGCUUGCCGACCCAAUACAGGGACAUGCGUUGAUUGCUCGAGCUCAGAAGGAGAAGCCUGGGAGACCAAUGACGGGUCGAGCUCGCCAAGCUAGCCGUGUCGGCGAAGCGUUGACAAGGCAACAAAAAGAUUUUGUGAAAGCGGUGGUGCUCAAAGAAAAAUGGUCCAAACUUUCGAGGAAAGAGCAAGAGCAUUUCUACAAAGCUGAUGACACUGAUCAUGCCAUCAACACUGAGAUUGGUGGCUGCAUUGCAGAUGCGGCAUCCUCUAGUGUAGCCCCCUGUGCAGCCCAGGUUCCGGAGAUCCCUUGUUUGAAAGCCAGUGCUGCGAUAGAGGUGCGUCGCAAAUGUAAACGCAAGCAUUGCCAAAAGACGAAAAGGAAAAGGUCGGACUUUACACGGAAUGGCUGCAAGACGUUUCGGGUUUCUUUGAGAAAGUUGCUAGACAAAAUUCCUUCAGAGCAAUCGGCUCUGAAGUGUAUCAGGCCUGUUCUGAAUGAUCUAGAAACUAAGUGGCCAGGCUUCCUGUCGCAGUUGUUUCCACAGCGUGAGAACAAGAUUGAAGACGCAUCUUUGUGCAAAAUGCUUGUGUCUGGCCUUGCGGAAGCACCUGGCUUCGCAACGCCCCAGUGCUCUCUUGCUUUGCAGCCAGUGCGGGACUAUGUGGAUGCUUUGGUGCGAAAGGUGUGCAAGGAGCAGCAAACCUGUCGGGAGCAUGGCUAUAUCAUGGGCCGGUCUCGCUGGAGCAGAGCGGCAGCCUUCGAAACAAAUUGGCGACAGCCAGCGGGUCGCAAGAGCAAAAUCCAUGAUGCCAACCUCAUUGAAUUGGUGAGGGCCCAGCUUUCGAAGAAUUCUGCGGCUUCUUCCAACCUUUGUAUCCAAACCGGCACCAAGGAUCUGAUUGUCUCUCAUACCUUGCACAAGCAGAAGGCAUGGAUCUUUGCUGACAGUGAAGAGAUCCAAGAGCAGAUGAGCGCUUCAACUAUGAGGCGGAUUGUCAAGGCGCAUUUGAACGAAUUCAAAGAGCCACAAUGCAAGAGCGACUAUUGUCAGUACUGCUACGAUUUGGACGCAAAGGUGAUUCCCAAAAUGGUGCGGCUCAUGAACAAAGGAAAGGCAAAGCUGUCUGAGUUGAUGCCUUGCUAUUUCGCUGCGCAGCCUGGCAGUGGCUUCAAUCAAGGACAACGGGUGGACUUGCGCAGCUUGGAGGCUGACUUAGAGUUCAAUCUCAAAAAGGUGCAGAAGCUACUGAACAGCUACCUGUUCCACAGAGCAGCCAAUUUUCACCAGCAACCAGCGCUGGACGCACUGGUCGUUGCGCCGCCAUUGGGACAUUGUGUGCUGAUGGUUGACUUCAAGGAGUUGCUCACCUUACCCAUUGGUAAUGUCCAGACAUCAGAAAUGUUUUAUGCCACAGGGAGAUUUGAGGUAUGCACAUUCGGUGGAGUGCUUGUGGAACACCUACCUGGCUCUACAGCUGCCGCUCCUCGCGUGGAAACAUCUCACAUUCUGCUGUUCAGCAGCGUUCUCGAUCACACUGCUUUGAGAGCAAAUCAGCUGAUUGAUGUAUGCCUGGGCUUGCGCAAAGGCCAUUUGCCGCUUGAAGGCUUACACAUCGUAGCAGAUGCUGGGAUGCAUUUCCGAAGCUACGAGUCCCUGUACCAUCACAUGGUCACCCUGCCUGCGAAGCACCGCGUCCCUUGCUGGUGUCAUUGGGGAGUUGAGAAACAUUUCAAGUCUGCCUGCGACAGAAUGUUUGGAUGGCUAAAUAGCUGGAUCACACGUGCCAAACUCAAUGGUGCCAACAUUAAGACAUUGGAUGAACUUGUGUCGCUGGUCCAAUCGGAAUCAAGCAAGCAACGUUCUUCCGAUCCGGCUUCCCACAUCCAUGUCCUUCGUGAUGAAUCUGCAAAACCUCCUGCAGGAAAGCGUUUGUUGGCAACCGAUCUACAUAUAACAAGGACGUACUGCAUCGGUGCUACGCCAGCUGAUCAGAAAAUCUACCGGUACGGAGUCAAGGUCCGAAACUUCGUUUUCAGCACACAAACAGUAGGGACUGAUUUGACUUCUUGCUUAUACGAUGAGGACACAGAAAGCAGUGGCGAUUACAGGCGCGGCUACUACGGAGCAGGAGAAGCCGCAUGGAAUACCAAUCCAAAGACCUUGGCCCGCAACGAAGAAACAACGCUUACAAAGCGACAGCAAGCACAGCAACACAUUCUUGAUCGAAACGUGAUGUACUUCCGUCACAGAGCGCCACUGACGGAAGCGCAGCUGCAGCGAAAGCGUGCGGACUUCGAGGCAAAGCGCCAACGAAGGAAAGAGCGUCUCGCUGAGAGCAGCAAUAGCUCAUCUUCGAGCAGUGAGGAGGAUUCGAACGCUGCAGACAUCUCUGACUCCGCGAAACAACCAGUUCCGGCGACAUCCACGAGUGGUGUCUACCUGUCCAACAAGGCAUCCAUGGCUUUCAAGUGGACCGCAGUUCCCACCAGCCUUCGAAGGAUCAAGCGGAAGCUGCGUGAACCAUUCGAAGGAAAGGAGAAUCCAUUUGGGCAUUUGGGUUCAGUGGACGACGUUGCUGCCUGGUUGAAGACCUUUAUUGAAAACGACAAACCCUUUGGUGACCUUGGCAACAAGGAUGUGCUGGUCCCAUGGCCAGAACAAGACGACGACCAGCUGGGACAUGGUGGAUGGGUGGCCUACAGCAGGCGACAGCUGUGCCACAUCACGGCGAAGAGCUUCUUUGGUGCAGAGACACCAGGCUACAACAGCGGGCUCCGUCGUCUCAUGAAGAUGUGCCCCAGAAAGGGUGACUUCCGAAAAGCUUUUGCAAGCCUGUUGGCGGCCUGUUCUGCUGAUCCAACACUCGCCAAUGGUGGACAAGGUCCAAUCUUGUUGACUGCGAAGGCAAAUGUGGCCCCCUCUGUUCAGGAGGUCAAAGACAAGGCUACAGCCGAAUCAGUCCAAAUGUCAAGUGCUGGACUGCGUGUCUGCGAUUAUGACACGGGAGCAGGCCCCUUGGAGAACGUCGAUCCGGUUCCAGCAGAAGGCUGCCAGCCUCGACCCUAUGAUGCUCCAGGGGUCGACUUUAUGAUUGGUGGCUUGAAAGGACAAGCGACACAGGACAUUUCAGCAUCCUGGUUUGGUGGUUAUUUGUUUGAUGCGGGUGCCUGUGGCCUUGGGGGUGGUCAGGAUGAGCGCUUAUCCGUAUACUUUCCAGAGGUCACUGUUUUGGCCUAUUUCUUGUCACAAAGUCAUACCUUUCCACAACUCCGCCAGCCAGCGUGGUUCCUGGGAGCCAGAAAUUUCUUCAAAACUUUGGAUGGCACCGCACGCUUUGACUCGUCCAUGGAACUGGUCGAUGUACCGCUGGACAAUGAUCUGGUUGAAGUGCCACUGGCAGGUGCCACUUACAAGAUCAGCUCUUCGAGGCCAUUUGUUGUCUUCAUGAGUGAGAGCCAAGCCUUCUUCGAGGAGAGCAUGGUGAAUCUACACCUGGCCAGGAGGAAUCGAUUGCCAGCACAAAGAGACAUGGGUACGGGAAAGUGGUCCUUUGAAAAACAGGUGCGAGCCUGGUACCGCUCUAUGGCCCUGACCUCUUACGAUGAGGAUGUGCAACCAGCGCUGACAAGUCUGGUCUCGUCGCUUGGAGCUGGACCAUGGUUGGCCGGACUGUGGUGGGGAGACUCCCAACUGGGCUUUCUUGCAGUGUGGCUCGGGCAGGCUUUGGCUGCUACCACCUGGAAUGCUCCUCUGCCUUUGGACUACUAUAUCUACUCAGAUUUCACAGAAAACCCUGGCAAUCAAUGCUAUGUUCUUCCUGGAGCUGCUUGUGAAGAAUGCAUCCGACGUUGUGCAGACCCUGACCCACCAAAGAGUGCGUAUUGGAUGCCGGACAAUGCCUAUUUCCAGUGGCGUCCUUGCGUCCCAGACAAAAGCGUUUGUGGAGCCAAGGGCAUCUCAGACAUCGUGGCAGCUUAUGGGUCCGGGAGCGUCAUGGACUUGUGGCAAGCCAUCGAGAGCAAAGUGAAAGAUGGCCCUAUCUCUUCCAACGUUUUUGACAUCCUGCUGAGCUGA